AUGUUGUCAGCAACAUAUCAAUCAAAGAAUGAUUUUCAUUCGCAUAUUAUCAGCAUUAGUCUACAGGAUUGGCAAACAGUGGAUGAAUCUAAACGCUAUCGAACGCGAGUUUACGAAACUAGUACGAGUAAUGUUUAUUUCCAUUCUAACCACUAUCAUAGUUAUUGGAGUCAUUUCAAAGGACUUAUUAAUGAAUCAGUUGGUGAUACACUUUCAUCGAGUAAUUAUCUAAUUUAUUGUGCCAAUGAGUCAAGUAUGAAAGUAGGAAACUUCACUGCUAUGGGUAUUCAUCCUUCAUACUCUGAUGACCCUUUACAAGUUUGGCACACUACUAUCCCCGAAGUAAUGCGAUUGUUUCGUUUUAUACCAGUAGAGGAAGGCGGAAUACCGAACAAUUAUCGGAUAACAUCUCAAUUUUUCGGUCCAACAAGAUCACUUGUUUAUGACAGCGAUCAGAAUUAUCUCGGAUUUAACCGAACUAAUCAUACGUCAACCAGUCAACAUUGGCGUGUUGAAUUGACUGAUGGUGGAAAUUAUAUGAUAUAUCAAGCUGCUAAACCUCAUUUGUAUUUAACAAAAUCUUAUGAACCUUACAUACUUACAGUUGCUGGCACCGAAUAUUUCUGCGCAUGGUGUCUCAUUGAAGAAGGAGAUUUUAUUGGAGUUAAACCUGCAGAAUAA